AAUUACACGAUGCAGAAAACCACUGAUGUGAUGACCAUUCAAGACAAACCUAUGGAAUCAUUAUCGUUGAUUCGAUUCGGCUUAGGCAGUAGAUUUUACGAAAUUUUAGGUAAAUUCAAGGACAACAUUUAUCAAGUGUGCACUUUGACAGGAAGAACCGAAUCUUGCGGCACCAUUCGUGCCAAAGCAGUCCAAUUAUGUCUUGCCCUAAAACGAAUGGGUGUACCUCAAGAUGGCAUAAUAGUGAUUAGUAGUAGACCUCACGCAGAAGAAACCAUUGUGGUAUUGGCCUGUUUGUUUCUUUCCAUAACUCUAGCUCCAAUCGAUUUUCUAUUUGGCUGCUGCGAAUGGAUGGAUCUGAUGAAUAAACUGAAGCCAGCGUUGAUGUUUUGUGAUCCUGAUGUGGUUGAACACGUUAAAGGCUCACUGCAUACAAAAACGUUAAAGAAAAAAGUUAUUGUGUUUGGAGAUAAGCAAUAUUAUGAGACCAUUAAUUUCUCUUCAUUGCUGACGUUCCGUGCACCAUUCAAGGAAGAUCCGUAUUUUUCUCCAAAAAUUGUCGACCCAGUAAACACUGUAGCCUUCAUUGUACCCACCAUGGGUAUUACGAGCCCGAUUCAACUCAUUUGUCUGUCUCACUUAAACAUGAUGGCCAGGAUUGUACAGUUUCUUCAUAUUUGUGAAGUGUCUCGAAGGAUAAUGUCGUACUAUUACCUGCCAUUCGGACUACAGUUGAUGAGUGUUUGUGCAGGCUUCGAAUGUAAAUUCACUCGCAUUUUAAUCGGUGAAUUUUCAGUGAUACAAUGUCUGAAAUUGAUACAAAACUUCCGAGUUGAUACUUUGAUAUUACACACAAAAGAUGUCAAACAAAUAUUUUGCUCCACAGAACUGGAGCAAUACAAUUUGACCAGCCUUAAAAACGUUAUAUUUAGAUUUUCAUACACACAAGCUGAUACAGUGGCUUACUAUUAUGAGACAUUCCCGGACAUUCACUUCAUCCAAACUUACUCCCACCGCCAGACCGGAAUCAUUGCUUCAACACCAAUCGAUGAGUACGAUGAAGCCAGAAAAAGACCAGAUGCAUGUGGUAAAAUGCCUUAUUUUUCAAGAGUUAAAAUAAUGGACAAAGAAUUUAAAUCUACCCUACCCAAAACCAAAAUUGGCAACAUAGUUCUAAAAAGUGACUCGGUAAUGAUGGGAUAUUACGGCUCAGCAAACAGAGAUUUCAUGGUGGGACGCUACUACAAGACAUCGGACGUCGGAAGAUUCGAGGCGAACGAGUGGUUCUAUUGUUCCGGACGAGAGGAAGACGUAAUAUUAGAAAGUGAGGUUCCCUAUAAAUUUUUCUCCACGUGGGAAGUCGAGUCUGUGGUCAAGCAACAUCCGGCCGUCCAACAGGCCGUGGUGUUGCACUCCAACUUGCUGCUGGUGUGCUGCUAUCAGGUUAAACCGAAUGAAACGUUAACUGCUCGUGUACUCAAGAAGUUCGUAAAUUUCCGUCUGUUGGGCUUGAAAAGACCCAAAAAAUACAUACAAUUCGACUCCUUCCCCCGAAAUCCUUACGGCGACGUUAAAAGGUAUUUGGUUAGAGAGAAAGUCUUCUCCGGUAGGCAAUCGGAAAGUAGACCCAGUAGUGCACGUAGAGUAACAAUAAAAUAAUAUAAACUUAGUAAAUUGUAGUCCUGAAAUAUACGGUGUAUAUGAACAA